AAAAACUCGAAAGCGCUGCACACUUUGUCAAGUCCGCCCAAGUCCGGCAUCUCCAGAACUCGACCAUUGGUAAUGGGCCGGAAAAAACGUGAGGAGAGAUCCAGUACCUCGUACUUGCUGGCCUGGUCCUCCGCCACUUGGUACUCCGGGAUAGAAAUACCCAGUAGGUCUUUUUUCUUUUACGUCCUUCUGCCUCGGUGGGAUAUUGUCUUUCUUUACACAGGAUUGUCAGUAUUGUGUGCAUCUUUGCCCCCCUCCGUUCCGCUCGUUGCAACUACUUCCUCCAGGUUGUUUCGUUCCUUUCGAACAGACUCUCCACCCUCCUUUUCCCUGCCUCGCGCAAAAGAUACUUCCGACUCGCUCAUGACAGGGUUCGAUGAGGAGUCGAAGGUAGCCAUCCCGAUUCAAAAUGGGCACACUACCGGCUUUCCCGGUGACGGAGUUGCUCCAGUCGCCAUCGACUGGUACGGGCCCGACGACCCGGAGAACCCGUACAACUGGUCCCUGCGAAAGAAGUGGACAAUCACCGCGGUCGGCAUCAUGGCGACCUUCACGACGAUUCUGAACGGGACCAUGAUCACCGUCGCCCACGAGGCCAUCAACGACGAGUUCCACGUCAGCGACGCCAGGUUUCCCAACUCGUACUGGCCCGUCACCAGCUGGGCGUUGGGGGGUGGCUUGUGCGGCCUGGUCGUCCUGCCUCUGAUGGAGGACUUUGGCGUGCGGCCCGCCUUCCUCACCACGUACCUCGUCUUCAUCUGCUUCAUCGUCCCGCAGGCGGUGGCGCACAAUUUCGCAACGCUGAUCGUCUCGCGCUUCUUCUCCGGCGGGUGCGUGUCCGUCCUCUCCAACACCGCCGCCGCCUUGAUCGGAAACAUCUGGGAAGGCGACCGGGCCCGCACCAUCCCCGUGAGCCUCUUUGUCACGCUCUACCUCGCAGGGAGCAGCAUGGGACCUGUGAUUGCCGGCGUCAUCUUUGAAAAUCUAUCGUGGCGGUGGAUCUCGUACAUGCAGCUGAUCUGGUACGGCGCCCUCUUCCCCAUCUACGUCUUCUUCUUCCAGGAGAGCAGGGGCUCCAUCAUCCUCCAGAAACGUGCCCUGAAACUGCAGAAGGCGGGCGUGUCGAUCCUCGGCCCCCACGACGGGAACCAUCUGAGUCUGCCGCGCAAGUUGGUCCGGAGCACGAAACGUCCGUUGCGGAUGCUCUUCACCGAGCCGGUGCUCUUCGUCUUCACGGUGUGGUCGGCCUUCAUGCUCGGCACCGUCUACGUCUUCACCCAGUCCGUCGAACAGGUCUUUUCUGGCCUGUAUGGCUGGACGGCCUCGCAGGCUGGCUAUGUCCAGGCGGCCGUGGUCAUCGGCGAGUGCGUCGGCUGGACCGGCGUUCUCAUCAACGCAAAGCUGUACUUCGGCUCUGUGUCCCGCAACACGGAAGUGCCAGGGACACCGAUCCCCGAAGCCCGGCUGUAUGUGAGCAUCGUGGGAAGCUUUGUCGGCGUGGCCGGCGGCAUGUUUGUGUACGGAUGGACCGCCUCCCCCUCCAUGCCCUGGAUCGCGCCAGCCAUCGGCCUGGCCAUGGUCGGAUACGGGGUGAACGUGGUGGUGGUGGCGAUCGCCGACUACGUGGUGGACGCGUACGCCAAGUACGCCGGCAGCGCGUGCGCGGCCGUGGUGCUGGGCGAGAACCUGUUCUCGGCCUUCCUCCCUCUGGCCGCCCAGAGCAUGUACACGAACCUGGGCUUCCACUGGGCCAGCAGCCUGCUGGGGUUUCUGGCGCUGCUGCUCUCCUUUGCCCCCGUGUGCAUCUUGCUCAUGGGCCGCAGGCUCCGGGAGCGGAGUCCCUUUAUGAAGGAGGCGAUUGUGCUGAGGAGGGAGUACUCGCGGACGAAUUAACUUUUUGUUCCCUCCUCCCAUUUUUUGGGGGGGCGUGUUGGUGGGAUUUCAACCCGCCGUAUCGAUCGGUCAUGGCGUGGCGUCUGCAUAGCGCUGUGUUCACAUUCUGCAUUGCAUUGCAUAGGAUCGCAUUAAAUUGCGUGGUACGGGGAUGACAUGGCACUGGAUAUCUGCCAGAACGGGAGAAUCCAAAAACAAGAAAGAGAAAGCGAAGACGCUUCAUGAUACAUACAGACAGAUAGAUGAACGAUGCGUGCGCCGAUGGAUAGGCGGCGCCACGGGUACUGGUAUGAGGAGACAUCAUAAUAUCCAGGCCCUCAAAUGCAUCUUCAAGUCCAAUUCCAAGUCCAAGACCUAACUUCAAAGAUCAAAGCUCGAGUCUGGAGCAUGACGAGUC